AUGCGUCCCUGCCCCGCGCGCGCCCCCACCCUGGCACGGACCCUGGGCGCGGGCGCGCCCUCCAUCCUCCCGCGACCCCCGGUGGUGGGGGCGGUGCAGGCCGCAGAGACGGGAGGGGUCAGCGUGGGGUGGGGGACCCGGGAGCUGCGGCGCAGGACAAAGGGGAGCCCCCCGCCCCUCACCUGCGCUCACCUGGCCGCCGCCCGGGCUCUGCGGGCCAGGCGCAGGGACCCCGAGGCGGGCUCCGCGAUCCCACCCCGCGCCAGCCCCGCCCGGGACCCCUCGCGCCGGAACCGCAGCCCCGCUUCCUCUCGCACCCGCCCGCGGCCCCGCCGCUUCCGGCCGGCCGCCCCGCCCCCCACCAGGCGCCCGGACCCGGGUUCGAGUCCCCGCCCCUGUGCGCCCAGACCCCAAGUCGUCACCCCGCUGUGCGCCCAGGUCCCCGCCCCCGUGUGCCCAGACCCCAAGUCCCCACCCCGCUGUCCCCACCCCCGUGUGCCCAGACCCCGUGUCGUCACCCCGCUGUGCCACCAGGUCCCCAUCCCCGUGUGUCAGACCCCAAGUCGUCAGCCCUCUGUGCCCCCAGGUCCCCGCUCCCGUGUGCCCAGACCCCAAGUCCCCACCCCUCUGUGCGCCCAGGUCCCCGCCCCCGUGUGCCCAGACCCCAAGUCCCCACCCCGCUGUGCGCUCAGGUCCCCGCCCCCGUGUGUCAGACCCCAAGUCGUCAGCCCUCUGUGCCCCCAGGUCCCCACCCCCGUGUGCCCAGACCCCGUGUCGUCACCCCGCUGUGCCACCAGGUCCCCGCCCCCGUGUGCCCAGGCCCCAAGUCGUCACCCCGCUGUGCCCCCAGGUCCCCGCCCCCGUGUGCCCAGGCCCCAAGUCGUCACCCCGCUGUGCCCCCAGGUCCCCGUCCUCGUGUGCCCAGACCCCAAGUCGUCACCCCGCUGUGCCCCAGGUCCCGCCCCUGUGUGCCCAGACCCCGUGUCGUCACCCCGCUGUGCCACCAGGUCCCCAUCCCCGUGUGCCCAGACCCCAAGUCGUCACCCCUCUGUGCCCCCAGGUCCCCGCCCCCGUGUGCCCAGACCCCGUGUCGUCACCCCGCUGUGCCACCAGGUCCCCGCCCCCGUGUGCCCAGACCCCAAGUCGCCACCCCACCAUAUGCCCAGCCCCCCGCGCCCAUGCCCGUCCCGGCGCUCCCACACUCCUAGGUUCCACACACCUCAAAACUGCUCCUCCUGCCAGCACCCGCCCCCAGCCCAGACCCGGGGCAGCCGGCUCCCCCGCCUGGCACGCAGCCCACCGUCCCGGCUGGCUGUGUUUGGUUACACUGGCUGA